ACCACACGCAGCCGCCCUGACAUCUUUCUCGGAGGCCAAAGAGUGCGUUCCUGUAGAAUUUCCAGCACUCCAGCCGGCGUCCCCCCAGCCGGCUGCGGGCUGGUGACUUUAUCCCCGAGCCGGCAGAUGAGUUUGUCCAUCAAGGAGGACGUGGCGAGGAUAAACACUGGACUUUUGUUAGAAAUACUGCAAGAGUGAUACUAUCAGUAAAGAAAGAUGUCAUACUUAAUGAAAGGAGUUAAAUGUUGCGGUCUUGUGAAUCGGAUGCACAAAAUACCAGGAACUCUGUUUAAAGCACACACAGCAAAGAACAUAUUCAGCAUCAACAAACGGCAAUUCCAAAUUUCACAUACAACAUCUCAACUCAGUUCUGAAAAGGAAAACUCUUAUAAUUAUGUCAUCGUUGGAGCUGGAUCAGCAGGGUGUGUAUUAGCCAACAGGUUGACUGAAGACCCUCUCAGUACCGUACUCCUUUUGGAAGCAGGUCCCAAAGAUACCCUUCUAGGUAGUAAAAGACUGAUGUGGAAGAUCCAUAUGCCCGCUGCCUUAACUUACAACCUCUGUGAUGAGAAAUACAACUGGUAUUACCACACAACACCACAAAAGCAUAUGGAUAACCGAAUUAUGUACUGGCCCCGUGGAAGAGUGUGGGGCGGCUCCUCUUCUCUCAAUGCUAUGGUAUACAUUCGUGGGCACGCAGAAGAUUAUAAUCGAUGGAGCAGGGAAGGGGCUGUAGGAUGGGAUUACGAACAUUGCUUGCCCUAUUUUAAGAAGGCACAGACACAUGAACUGGGGCCAGAUCAGUACAGAGGUGGAAAUGGACCCCUGUAUGUGUCGAGAGGCAAAACAAACCAUCCACUUCAUCACGCGUUCCUGGAGGCAGCCCAGCAAGCUGGGUAUCCCUUCACAGAGGACAUGAAUGGCUAUCAGCAAGAAGGAUUUGGCUGGAUGGACAUGACUAUACACCAAGGUCAAAGAUGGAGCACAGCUAGUGCUUACCUUCACCCAGCCAUGUCACGCCCAAAUUUGUCAGUUGCAGAGAAGACACUUGUUACUAAAAUAUUGUUUCACGGAACAAAAUCCAUUGGUGUUGAGUAUGUGAAAAAUGGGCAGAGGAAAAAGGCUUUUGCCACUAGAGAAGUUAUUUUAAGCGGAGGCGCCAUAAAUUCUCCACAGCUGCUUAUGUUAUCUGGGAUUGGCAAUGCAGAUGAUCUGAAAAAACUAGGGAUCCCUCUCGUUUGCCAUCUUCCUGGAGUGGGACAGAACCUUCAAGAUCAUCUAGAAGUAUAUGUCCAGCAAAAGUGCACCAAACCUAUUACUCUAUAUAAUGCACAAAAGCCAGUUAACAUGGUCAGAAUUGGUCUAGAAUGGCUUUGGCAGUUUACAGGUGAGGGAGCCACUGCCCACUUGGAAUCUGGUGGUUUUAUCCGGAGUGAACCAGGGGUUCCUCACCCUGACAUUCAGUUCCACUUUCUUCCUUCUCAGGUUAUUGAUCAUGGUCGGGUUGCUUCCACGAUGGAAGCUUACCAGGUCCACGUGGGACCCAUGAGGAGCACGAGCGUGGGCUGGCUAAAGCUGAAGAGUACAGACCCAACUGACCACCCUAUCAUUGAGCCCAACUACCUGUCAUCAGAAAGAGAUAUUUGGGAAUUCCGACAGUGUGUCAAGCUGACCAGAGAGAUCUUUGCUCAGAAAGCUUUUGAAAACUUUCGUGGGCCUGAAAUUCAACCGGGAAACCACAUUCAGUCUGACAAAGAAAUAGAUGCUUUCAUAAGGCAGAAGGCUGAUAGCGCUUAUCAUCCUUCCUGCACCUGUAAAAUGGGUCAGCUUUCAGACAGCACUGCUGUAGUUGAUCCCCAAACCAAAGUAAUUGGCGUUGAAAACCUGAGAGUAGUAGAUGCUUCAAUAAUGCCCAGUGUUGUCACUGGGAAUUUGAAUGCCCCAACUAUUAUGAUAGCAGAGAAAGCUGCGGAUAUAAUUAGGGGUCUCCCAUCACUUCAGGAAAAAAAUGUUCCUGUAUAUAAGCCCCAAACCUUGGAGACACAAAGAUAAACAAAUUUUCACAUAGCUUUUGAUAUUUAGGCUCUCAGCAGCAUAUUGAUAUGUCAUACUGAACAUGCCAACAAAAUAAAUACCAUGCAAACCAGCAUGUGCUAGUAAAGUGCCUCCUAAUUUGGACCAUUCUUUUAUAUUAGACUGUCUAUUCAUUUUUUUUAAAUCAGUUUAGGUUGUUUUUUUUUAGUUCAACAUGACAUUUUGUGGAACAAUUCAAAUUUUUUUUGUUGAAGAGAAGCUAUUUCUAAAUGAUGAGACAGUUGUGCACAGAGCCAGAGAUACUGGGAAACUGCAUGAGGAAUGAAAAGGAUUAACGUAUGCUGCUCUGAAAAUCAUUAUGAUGUGCCUUGUUAUUUAAAGGAAGGGUUUUAACUGCUGUGAGGGUGUUACCCAUGAUAACAGCUAGUCAGUAAUCCCCACAUCUCAAAAAAAAUGGUUAAGCAGAUGUAAAAUAUGCAAUUUCUUACUCACAGGCGAAAGUAUUUCAUAUCAGAAUUCAGAGAAAAAAAAAGGAACCUCCACGUGUUUGGAAUAUGUCAAAUUUGGGGUUUUUUUUAAUGAGAGGAGUGCAUAGCUUACAAAUCCUCCCUGAAAGUUAGACUUCACCACUCCUAGCAGAGUGAAGACAUAACAUACAUUGUAUUUAUUAGACACUUAUUUUUCUAAAAAAUGCAGAACAGGAGAGGAUAGUUAGAAAAACACACUGGAAAACUAGGAAUUCUUGCUUUUUUUGCAAGGAGAUUAGUAGAAUUCAGUUAACAAGAUGAUUUAGUUGCACCACUUUAUCAUUCAGCACAGGAAUAGGUUUGCGCUUCCUAUAAUGCCCUUGAAGUUACUGGUCUUUGCUCAAAGAUGUGUGUUUGCAAAAGAUAUUUCUCAGCAAAGCGGCCUUAUUAUCACUCAAAUUUUAUUAAAAAUAUUACAGCUGAGUUAGAUUUAAAAUGAAAUAUUAAAUAACUCAAUUAGGUCAGAUAUUGAUGAUGAAGAGAUCUUUUUAAAUUAGAAGGCAAUUAACUUAUUCAGUGAAGCAAGGCUAUAUUCUAGUUAAGACUUAAAUCUUUGUUUUAUCAUCUUCACAUAUGUCAAGCAAGAUACAUGAUCUUUUGUAGCUUUUUCAUAGGUCAAUCUAACUUUCAGGUACUGUUUUGGGGGUUUUUUUAUAUAAACAAACCUGCAGAAAGAGAACGGUUUCAACGCAAUUGAAUCCAUUGCAUUGUUUUGAUUUAUUAAGUAUUACAAAAUAACUUCAGACUAAGCAGCUGUCAAAUUAUAAAGUAAAAGCUUCUGCACCCGAGGAUUGCUCAGAACUUGUGGUAAACAGAAUAAACUUUUUUUUUCCCCAGAAAAAAUGGUAUUUUAUAUAAUUUGAGCAGAUUGUAAUAAAACUUGCUGACUCAGAUGUUGGCGAGAGAGACAACUGCAGCUGCUUAAGGCAGAUCCUCCUACCUGGUGCUGUUUGCUGUAAGGCAGUGGUUGGGAGCCCCGCUGCUAACUGAGGGGAAGGACUGGGAUUCAUUAGAGUAUCUGCAUAAAGACAAACAAAAAUAGUGAAGAUGGAAGAUGAUAGCAGUGAACUCUGCUCCAAAAGGAGAAAGGUAAACCCUUUCUAUCUCUGUGAUGCAUUCUUUUGGAAUGAGGGGAAGAGCAAGAAUACUUUUAAGUCAUAGGUGAUGGAUUAUUAUUAGCUGUGUUAAUAAGACAAUUCAUCUGACGCAACUGUGUGUUUGGGGAAAGCGUGGACUGUGUAUGGCGGUACCUUCCUACAGCAAAUAAUUUUUAUUCAGCACCUGUGCUUUUGAGAUUUCCUUUUAAAGGUAUUCCGUAGGCAUCUUAGUGUCAUUUGGAGUACAAAGCAUUAGGAUACUCAGUAAUAGAUAGUGAUGAGACUUACCAGAGUCCUGUGCAGUUGAGAGGGGAAGCAAUUUGGAAAGACAAAACACUGAUGUUCCUGUAUUUGCAUUUACAGCAUAGGUUUCAGCUUUAGGCAUACAAGAUGGGGAUUGUUAUUAUGCAACUGCAGAGCCACUGUCUUACGUAACUCACUACGGAACACGUGCAGAGCUAUCCUCUGCCAU